CCCGGCCCCUGGCCCCGGCGCUGACGGCGCGCCCCGAGGGGCGGCGUCCAUGGAUCGCCACUCCAGCUACAUCUUCGUGUGGCUGCAGCUCGAGCUCUGCGCCAUGGCCGUGCUGCUCACCAGAGGUGAAAUCCGGUGCUACUGUGAUGCUGCCCACUGCGUGGCGACUGGGUACAUGUGCAAGUCGGAGCUCAGCGCCUGCUUCUCCAGACUGCUGGAUCCUCAGAACACAAACUCCCCACUCACCCACGGCUGCCUGGAGUCUGUCGCAAGCUCAGCAGACGUGUGCCAAGCCAAACAGACACACAACCACUCCGGCACCGGCGUGCCCACAUUGGAAUGCUGUCAUGAGGACAUGUGCAAUUACAGAGGGCUGCACGACCUUCUCCCUGCGCCCAGGGGAGAGGCCCCAGGACAAGGGAACAGGUACCAGCAUGACGGGAACAGAAACCUCAUCACCAAGGUGCAGGAGCUGACCUCUUCCAAGGAGCUGUGGUUCCGGGCGGCGGUGAUCGCCGUGCCGAUCGCGGGAGGGCUGAUCCUCGUGCUGCUGAUCAUGCUGGCCCUGAGGAUGCUGCGGAGCGAGAACAAGAGACUGCAGGACCAGAGGCAGCAGAUGCUGUCCCGGCUGCACUACAGCUUCCACGGACAUCACUCCAAAAAGGGCCAGGUGGCCAAGCUGGACCUGGAGUGCGUGGUGCCAGUCAGCGGGCACGAGAGCUGCUGUGCGGCCUGCGACAAACUCCGGCACGCCGACCUCAGCCACGACAAAGUCCUGUCCCUGGUGCACUGGGGCAUGUACAGUGGGCACGGGAAGCUGGAGUUCGUAUGACGGAGGCCGAGGGCGCGGCCCCAGCGCUCGCAGGCCUCGCAGGCCUCUGGGUUCUGCUGGCAGGGCCAAGAGCACUUUAUCUGAAGAAUUGGAACCUGCGGCCACAUCUCAGACACAGAACCGCCCUCUGCCACCUGGGUCUGGGGGAUUUCCUUCCAAAGGAUUAUUUGCACAGACUGACCUACAGUCAAAUGUAUUAUUUGCUUUAAAAUGAUUAAAAAAAAAAAAAAAAGCAAAGAGGAAACUGUGUACACACUGUUACCAGGGUUAUUUGCAUUCCCGGGAGUGGGAACGGAGUACUUCAAUAAACUAACCUGUGCUCUGUGGACGCUCAGACGUCGUGAUUUAUUGUAAAGAUUUCAAAAAUAUAUAUAUAUAUUUUGUCUGAAAUAUAGCGGUGUCUUUUCAUAAAUUAAAAACUCAAGUGGAGCGUGUGAGAAGGUGCACGUUAGCUACACAAAUGCGAACGUUUGAUUGGGUCUGGUUUGAUUGCCAUUAUUUAAUGAAGCCAAGAUCUUGCGUGUGCUCGCACACACAUUGUUAGCAGUGAGGAAGCGUCUGUGCUGACCAUUUGGUGUCUUCGCCUCCUUUUUGUAAGCAAAAUUCUGGCUGCUGGUUUUCAUUGAAGAGAACUCGCUGCUGAAGUUGCCUUAGCAAAGGUUUAUCAUGUUUAUCAACUUGAUUUGGUUGUGUUGGAAAACCUUAGAAAAUGUGCUAGCUCCAUUCAGAAGAGGGGGGGAUAAAAAACCAGCGAAAUGCAAUUUUUUGUAAUUUGAUAUUAAUGAAUUGAUGUAUUCUAUCUCAAACCAAAUUAAAUGUUUGGUCCUCAGAUAAGCCAAAUUUUAUUGUAUAAUGCUCCUAGUUUUCCAACCUUCAAUUUGUUACACUUUUUAAAAACUUCUUUCAAUGAAUGUUAAGCUGAUUGAGAUUUAAGUAACUGGUUUCUUGCCCCCCAAAUGAUCCUUUUGUUAAUAGAACCCAGUGGAACGUUGGCUUCAGCCAGUAAUACAGUUAAGGAACAAUGAGACUUUCCUGUGUGGUAAUAACUGGCCAGCCUGAACUUAAACCUGUGCCAUGUUGUGUACUUGGCCAUCAAAUGGAUCUUGGUUAUGUUAACUGUGAGAAUAAUUUGCUGUCAAAAGUUUUUUUUCCUCAAUUCUGUAUAAUUGAGACCUUUGCUUAUGGCCUGCAUAUUUGAGUAUGGCGUUUUAUUUAAGGAAGAUUUUUUUGGCAUAUUUUUUACCAGAAUAUUUCGUAGUCCCUUCAGACAACAGGUAUAAGCACAUUCAUGGAAGAAUCUAGUAGAAAACUGAGUACCUAGAUUAUUUAACAAGCAGUAGAUCACUGCCCCC